AUGUAUCUGAUCAAUCUCUUCUCAAAUCUUGCCUGGUACAAUAUUGGUUAUAUCGAUUGGGAGCCUUGGCUAGCACAGAUCUUUACACGUAUACUCAAUCGUUUUUCACUUCCGGUAGGAAAAAAUCCUGCAUCUCGAGAUGAUUGUCUAUAUAUGAUGUCGGACGUGGCACAAUGGCUUGUUGCCAUGAUAGGAAACGGAGGUUCAUGUCUUCAAUACUUGCGUGAUUUAUUUACUGCCACCAAAACCUUUUAUCAUCCAUCGAAUACCGGAGAGUUUCAACAGUAUCUGAUCGAAUUUAUUUUGAAACUAGUUGAACCAUUUGUUGAACGAGUUCGAUUAGAACGAAAAAUUCGUCCUCAUUGGACCUUUGUACCACAUGAAUCACAUCGACUAACUGAACAGGACAUCACGGAUUUUGUCAAUUGUAUCAAAGAUUAUGCGUUCAUGUCGAUUUUUAAUGAAGACUACAUUGAAGAUGCAGCUAAAGCCUGCCAAUAUCUUUCUAUAUUGCGAUCAGAAUUAAUUGUACCACCGAUUAUGAAAAAACUCUUUUUGUCAAUUGACAAUAUAACUGAACCAGGUCGCUUUACAUUGAUCAUGAAAUGUUUACCUGGUAUUAUUUGUCAAAUAGUACGACAAACAUCGAAUUAUUCUGAAGGUCAAACUUAUGUAUUAACAUUGAUGAUGUCUAUAUUGCCCUGCAUCGAUUCGAAUGAUUUUGAAAAGAAAGCAGUCACGUUAGAAGUUCUUGAUGCCAUUCUCAAGCUUGUUCCAUGUAUUGACUGUUCAUCCGCAAUACAUACGCGUAAUGAUCUUACAGAAAUUGAAAAACGAGUUUGUUUAUCAACAACACAAUUUGAAGACUUCAUAACUGAUUUUCUCAAUCGAAUAUUUCAAAUGAUUUCCAUACGAUCGGCAGAAAUGUUCGAUGAUGCUGUGGCUAACGACGUAUUCAACGAAGACGAUAAAUUCAUCCAAAUAAUUCAUCAGAAGAUUAUAAAAUUUCUUACUGGCUCUUUAUUUUCACCUAAAGUAAGAAAAUUUGUUGCUGGCCUUGUUCGAGUGAUUAUCAAAGUUAAUCCAAUCGAAAUACUCAAAUAUCUCUUACCACAAACAUGUGAACAUAUCGAAAAUAUAAUGAAUAAUUCACAAACAGCCAUAUUGAUGGAUCAUAAAGGUGAUAUUGAAUUAACUUGGCAUUUAGUUCUCUUUUCGGAACUUGUUCGUGCUCGUGGUGACACUUUACUCAUCUAUAAGCAAAUGAUCAUGUCUGUCUUUCAUCAAUGUAUUCGUAUUGUACACAAAGAUUCAUACGAAGCUAUUGCUAAGGCAGCUAAACAUUUGUUAAAAUCACUUUCUGAUUUAUAUUCCAUUGAUGAUCAAUUAUCACUUGAAAAUAUGGACGAGUCAUUCGUCGAUUAUUUACCUAUUCGAGCAUGGGGUCAACAUGUUGAUUUCGAUCAAUUACAAGUUCAAUAUCAUUUUCCCACUAUGGAUGAAAUUGACUUUGCUUGUGAAUUUGUCAAUACAUUCAUUUAUGCUGAAUUACAAUUAUUAAAUGAAAAAUGUUUAAAUCUAUCGAAAGAAGAACGAUUGAGAUCGCUCACACUAAUUCAUUAUAUAGCUGUUGGAUGUUUACGUAUGGUAUCGCGGAUCGAAAGCAAUCAAGUAACAGAUCUAGUACCAACAGUUGUUCCUUAUGGUUCAAAAUAUCGGUUUCGAUAUUCUAUCUAUUCCAAAGAGCCGAAAUUUAGAGACAAUUUACGAAUGCGUCUUCUGAUUGAUAUUGGAAAUUUACUCGAUAUACUUGUCGAAAAUCACUGCGAUGAUGUUGCAUCAAUAAACACAGCGAUCAAUAUUUAUGCAUUGUUACCUAUCUAUUAUGGUAUAUCUCAGUAUGAUGUUAAUAAAUUAUGCCAAUAUAUUGGCUUGAAUGAAGCAUUAUUCAAGUAUAAGCUUGGUGAUAAACGACAAAAUCUUCGUUUUUUGACAAUCAAACAAAUCACAAUACAGAUCAAAAAAUUCGAAUUAUAUCAUUUUGAAACAUUUACAGAAAUCGACAAACAAAUUGUAUUGAAAUUAUUUAAACUAUCGAUUAAUCGUUAUAGUGACAUACGUAGCAACGCACAAAUCAAUUUCUUUACUAUUGUUAAUGAUUAUUUUUUCUCAUAUCAAGUGAUUGUUGAUCACAUCUAUGCAAUGUUAAAUAGAUCAGACAAAGUUGAUCAUGAUCAAAUCAAAGGUUGCCUGUAUAUCCUUCUCGGUGAUAAUUACUUUUUCUUGCCUACUCAGCCAUCAUGGACAAUGAUGGAAAAAUUAUGGCCAUCUAUUAUUGUAUGUAUAAAUCAUACAAACAAACUCAGCAUAAAAACUUUAAUCGAUGAAAUUAGUACUAGAAUAAGCGAAGAAUUUCAUAUGCACGCUCUCAUUGAAGAUAUUAAUGAAAUGUCUAUGCGCGCGGCAACCAAUCUAUGGGAUCAGUUAAAACCGAACGAAAUGGAAACGUGUAAAGAACGCAAUCAAAACAAUAUUCAAUCUUACAAUAAUCUCAUGGAAACGCUCAAUUUGCUACUAAAUGACGAUAAAUUAACGUGGGGACAACACCAGAUAUCAAUGUCAUUAAUGUGUCUUCUUCUUCAAAAGCGAGUACCAAUUCCGUUAUCAUGCAUUCGAACAUUAGUCGAUUUUAUUGUCCAUGAUAAUAUUGAAUUGCGCAAGUAUGCCGUAAUUGGUAUGACAGCAUUGUGUCGUUUACAAAAACCACCUCGAGUCUAUGUAGAAAAAUCGCUGGACGAAAUUCUUCGUCAUGUAUGUCAACAGUCCUCAAUUACCAUCGAUGUUGAAAAAUAUUAUCCAGGCGAUCGUGACGAUAACUUGUGGGUGACAAUCAACAAUUAUAAAACUCCCGACACACAAAUCGAAUGGGAACAAACAUGCUUUUUGGAUAAGUCUUUUCAUGGUUACUAUACAUGGCCAAAAUUUAUUAAAUAUUGUAUGAAUAAGCGUGUACGCUACACUUUUGAUGCAAUGCCGGAACAAGUUGCCAUUUUGUAUUACCGUUUUAUUGACAAGAACUUUAUUAUACGAUUGACACAAUCCGUGAUCUUUGAUGAGGACGAAGACAAUAUAGCCUUUAGUACAACUCGAUUCCAAAUGUACAAGGUACAUAUAUAUUAAACAUGUGUCACAGAGCACUAUUGUACAAAUGAAAGAUUGAGAAGUAGACUUUUCUGGACUCAAGACAUAUAUCAUUUUACAAUGAUGAGAAAUACUACAUAUCUUGGAUAGAAUGUAGUAUUAGCCAGCAACAUUAAUACUAUAACUGAUCGCGUUCAUCUCUACAAACAGUAGAAAUUUCCAUAACUAUUGUCGGUUUCAAAGUAUAAGGCACCUGGCUGUUUUUUGAAUAAUUUUCGAUAGGAACAAGAUAGAGACCUGCGGUUUUCACCAUUCGAUAGAGAAUAGAGUUGAGCAUCCAGGCUACUCGAAUUUCAUUGAUCCAAUAAAUGACCAAUCAGGUUAGUUUCUUGAUAGAAGUCUUGUAAACGAGAUUCUAAAGAAAUUUUCCAUUAGCUUUUGCGCUGUAAUAUCACCAUCCGAUAGA